UACAGCUUGUCGAGUGAUCGCGGUUCCAUGUACGAUGCGCGCUUGCUCGUACGCGGUCAUGAGACCACCAGGGCCCUCAGGCCUCAGGCCUCAGGCUCCGUCCGCCAUCAUGGUCGCGCUCUCCCUCCCUGAGUCCCUCUUCCAACAAACAAUGCUGUCCAAGGGUCCCCGCACAGCGGCGGCCAGCGUGCGCUCGUUACCAUCCGCGGUGUCUUCGAGCCGCUAUGGUCCUCCGCUUGGUUCAGCGAGGCAGCCACCAUCGGCACUGCAACCAGUACGGCAGACAAGGACGAGACAUACACCAGUCGUGCUAGCUACCGCGCAGCGAAGGGGGUUCGCCUCCAUAGUUGGACCCGAGGCGUCCUCGCAAACGGAGGCCAAUGAUAUGCCCCUCGAAGCAAGGAGACCGCUCUUUGACAAGAUUCUCAUUGCAAAUAGAGGGGAGAUAGCAUGUCGUGUGAUUCGCACGGCGAAGAAGCUAGGGAUACGCAGCGUAGCUGUGUAUAGUGAAGCAGACGCAGAUGCUUUGCAUGUCCAGAUGGCCGAUGAGGCGUACUGCAUUGGACCUGCGGCGUCCUCCGAGAGCUACCUACGCAUGGACAAGAUCAUCGACGUCUGCCGCAAAAGCGGCGCGCAGGCUGUUCAUCCCGGCUACGGCUUUCUGAGCGAGAACGCCGACUUUGCGGAACAGCUUGCGCAGGCGGGGAUCGUGUUCAUUGGGCCACCCGCUUCGGCCAUUGUGAGUAUGGGCUCCAAGAGCGAAUCCAAGACAAUCAUGGCCAAUGCAAGAGUACCUGUCGUGCCCGGCUAUCACGGCCCAAACCAGGAUCCAGUGUUCCUCGCCGAGCAGGCGUCUCGGAUUGGCUACCCUGUUCUCAUCAAGGCCGUCCACGGCGGCGGCGGCAAGGGCAUGCGCACCGUGCACAGCCCCGCAGACUUCGCCGACGCGCUCGCGUCCGCCCAGCGCGAGGCGAGCAAGGCGUUCGGCCGCACGGAGGUCCUCGUCGAGAAUUGGAUUGAGCGCCCGCGGCAUGUCGAGGUUCAGGUGUUUGCGGACAGUCAGGGUGGUUGUGUGAGCCUGUGGGAGCGGGACUGCUCUGUGCAGAGGAGAAACCAGAAGAUUAUCGAGGAGGCUCCAGCGCCGGGGUUGUCGCCGGAGUUGAGGGCAGACUUGAGUGCCAAGGCGAUAGCUGCUGCGAAGGCUGUUGGAUACGUCGGCGCGGGCACGGUCGAGUUCAUCUUCGACAAUGACACGCAGCAUUUCUAUUUCAUGGAGAUGAACACCCGUCUGCAGGUCGAGCAUCCUGUCACGGAGAUGAUUACCGGCCUUGAUCUGGUGGAAUGGCAGCUUGAGGUCGCAGCAGGCAACCGUCUGCCUCUCACACAGGCCGCCAUUCCACUUGUCGGCCACGCAUUCGAGGCACGUAUCUACGCCGAGAACCCGCGCAACGGAUUCUUGCCUGACUCGGGCCGUCUCCUCUACCUCUCGACCCCUACACCCAGCACCAUCUUCGCGCCUCCCGUCACGCCUCGUACGCCCACCGACCCCGAUGCCGCGCUCAUGCCUAUUCUGUCGGCCGAAACAACACUCCAUGUGAAGCCCUCCGUGCGACUUGAACAAGGCUUCCCCGAGGGCGCUGACAUUGGGGUGUUCUACGAUCCCAUGAUCGCCAAGCUCGUCGUACACGCGCGCGAUCGUCCGGAGGCGCUGCGCGUCCUGCGGGCAGCGCUGGAAGAGUAUCGCGUCGCGGGCCUGAGCACGAACGUUGCGUUUUUGCGGCAGCUUGCCGGUAACGAUAAUUUUAUUCGGGGCGAGGUCGAGACGGGUUUCAUACAGAAACAUUUCGAUGAGCUCUUCCCCAGGGUGGAAGACCCGAGACCCGAGGCCCUCGCCCAAGCUGCGCUCUUCGUCGUGCUGUCCGAUUUGCCCUCGGUGGGAUCGUCCACGACGCCGUGGGCGACUAUGGGCGCGCGUCGCUUCGGAGGCGAUCUCUCUGAACAAGUCGUGACACUCCAGAUACACAACGAGGACAACGCCAAUUCCACAGAGGCGACCACCACCCCAGUACACGUACAGGUGCUGCCCGACGGCCGCUUCAACGUGACGGUGCACACCCCUUCCGGCACGCAUGCCUUCCCCAACACCGUCGCGCGCCUAGUCGAACACGGCCGGGUCGUGGAGAGCACGAUCGCCGGCGCCAAGACGCGCACGACCGUCGUUCGCCAGCGCGCCCCAGCUACGUCGACAGGCACGCCCGGGUCGACGAGCGCGGCGCAGCGGCUGCACGUCUUCCCCGGGGGCUCGUCCGCGAAGCACACGCUCGUGCUCCCUGCGCCUGCGUGGGUCGCGUCCCUCGCAGGCGACGUCGCGUCCGCAGUGGGGCGCGGUGUGCUGCGCGCGCCGAUGCCGAGCAUGGUCGUUGAGGUGAAGGUCGCGCCGGGCGAUCGCGUCGAGCCUGGGGUGGCGGUGGUCGUGCUGGAGAGCAUGAAGACGGAGACGAUCCUCCGCGCGGCGGUGAGCGGCGUGGUCCGUGCGGUGGGGUGCGCGAAGGGAGAGAUGGUCGAGGAGGGACGGGUCGUCGUCGAGAUUGCGGAGGACGAUGCACCUGAGGGGCAAUGAGCGGGGACGCUGCGACUUGUAAGAGUAUGGAGUACCAAGGACUUACUCUUGUGGGACCUAGGAAUUGUACGGUAACUACGAGGGAAUUGUGUAUGUAUCAUGUCAGACUUGUAGGUGUACAUUAUGGAUUGUGGACUGAUGCAAAAGCCGGUUCAACAACUUGCUUGAUUGUCAAUUCAUAGUUGACGGGUACUAGCUAGGAGUCUGCUAUCUUGGCAUUGUGACAUGCCAGUGUGAAGACCUCAGACUGAUGUACAUAGAUCCUAUGAGUCAAAUCUGUGCGUCGAAUGAACGACACGAAGUGCCAUGGC